UCUCGGCGGGAGAGGAUUGCGAUUAGCGCGAUUCGAUCAGUAUUUCUAUUGUUUCUUUCCAUGGGUUUUUGCUUUAAUUCUGCCCCGAUUUGGUGCUAAUUCUCUCCUUUUUUGAAAAAUCUGUAUACCUCUUCUCAUGCUGGUUUGAAUCCCUAAUUGUCUCAAUCAGGUUAAUCUGUUCUGCGAAAGGAGCAUGGAGUUCUUUAAGGGUUUAAGUGAGGAGACAGCAUCAAAUGAGCGAUGCUUUGAUCUUCCUGAUAUCCAGAGAUGCCCAUUCCUACGGAACAUUAAUGAACCCACAAGUUUUUCCUUUUCCCCAUCGGGUUUCCCCUUUCCUAGACGGGGAGUCACAGGUCCAAUUUUUGAAGAUGGUCCUAACUUCGAUAUGGCAUUUAGGCUUUUUCAUGGGCAAGAGGGUGUAGUCCCACUCUCAGGGAGGUCAUAUUCUCAUUCCAAGAAUAGGGAGAUGGAGCCUGAGCUUGCACCCCAGUUUAAUCCCUUGGCAGCCAAAGCAGCCACUAUCAGUCUCUCAGCAUUUGGUCCUGGAGGGCCAUUCAGCUUUGAUUCCUUUUCUGAGAAAUGGAAGAAUCAGAAAAGGAAAUCCAAAUCAUCCGACAAGCAGAAAUCUUCUUCAGAAGCACAGGGCAGCGACUCAAAGCAUGAAGCACUGAGCAAUGAAUGGCUUGAGACUGGAAACUGCCCAAUUGCCAAGUCUUACAGGGCUGUGAGCCAUGUUCUACCAAUUGUUGCAAAAGCUCUUCAACCUCCUCCAGGCAUGAAAUACAAGUGCCCACCGGCAGUGGUUGCUGCCCGAGCUGCCUUGGCUCGUACAGCCCUUGCGAAAACCCUCCGACCCCAGGCUUUACCAACAAAGGUACUUGUGAUUGGUGUAUUGGGCAUGGCAGCUAAUGUACCACUUGGUAUAUGGAGGGAGCACACCCGUAAAUUCUCACCAUCAUGGUUUGUGGCAGUGCAUGCGGCUGUGCCAUUCAUAGCCAUGCUUAGGAAGUCUAUUCUAAUGCCCAAAGCAGCCAUGGCUUUUACUAUUGCAGCCUCAAUCCUAGGUCAGGUUAUAGGUUCCAGAGCUGAACGAAUCCGCCUGAAAAAGAUAGCUCAGAGGAAAGAGUUGGAAGCACCAGGAGAAACUAUAGAAGGUGCCAUUUGUGAGCCUAGUCCAGGUGAGGUUGGUGGUAUUACAGCUGGACGUUGUGGUGGGGAGAAAAUAAAAUGGGACCCUCUUCUACUUAAGCCAGCAGGUACUUCCCCAGCUGAUGUUUGUUUCUGAUUUUGAGUGUUCUGCCAUCCUUGAUCGGUUGUAUUCAUUUGGAAGACUAAACUUCAACAUAUAGGAAGAUAUCUUCGGCUACAAUUCAGGAAGAAGAGAAAAAGUAAGAAGAAAAAAAAAGUAGAGAGAAUAAAAGAUAAAAUGACAUUGUUCUUGCAUAUAAAUGGUAUCUGAUUAUUAUUUCACAUGUUUUAUUUCUUGUACUCUGCUUGAAUCAGACUCGAUGUUUAUAAUUGUAUUGUUGUCAUACAACUUGACAAGUCAACGGGUUUGAGGGUUGAUUUGCUAUUUUAAUGACACGGUGAUGAGCUAAUGAGUUCAAUGUGUCAGGUUGUAUCUUAA